GGGACAGCACUGAGAGUGGAAGUGACUGAGCAGUGUCGUGGUCAGAGACCCCACCACCCUCAGCCCAUAGGAUUCUGGGAUGUGCUCCUGCCUGAGAGAAAACUCAGCUCAGAAGGAGGAAGGACAGCAGAGUCCAGGUGCCUUGCAGGAGCAAAGUUCUUCUCCUCUGAGAAAGGCCAGUACAGUGAGAAGAGAUAUGGAGGUAUCCUCUGAGCUUCUCAGCAAUGGGUGGACCUCCUGGCAAAGGGUUCUGCUCACAGCCUCCCUCUUAACCUGCUGGCUCUUGCCCAUCACUGCCGGAGUCACCAUCGAAUCCGUACCACCCAAAUUGGUUGAAGGAGAAAAUGUUCUUCUACGAGUGGACAAUCUGCCAGAGAAUCUUCGAGUCUUUGUCUGGUAUAGAGGGGUGACAGACAUGAGCCUCGGAAUUGCAUUGUAUUCACUUGACUAUAGCACAAGUGUGACAGGACCUAAGCACAGUGGUAGAGAGACAUUGUACAGAAACGGGUCCCUGUGGAUCCAAAAUGUCACCCGGGAAGACACAGGAUAUUACACUCUUCAAACCAUAAGUAAAAAUGGAAAAGUGGUAUCAAAUACAUCCAUAUUCCUUCAGGUGAACUCCUCUCUUUUCAUCUGUGGGCGCCCUUCUCCACCUGCACUCCUCACUAUUGAAUCAGUGCCAGCCAGCGUUGCUGAAGGGGGAAGCGUUCUUCUCCUUGUCCACAGUCUUCCAGAUAAUCUUCAAUCGCUUCUCUGGUACAAAGGGUUGACUGUGUUUAACAAGGUUGAGAUUGCUCGGCACAGAACAGUCAAGAAUUCAAGUGAAAUGGGCCCUGCCUACAGCGGUAGAGAGAUAGUGUACAGCAAUGGAUCUCUGCUGCUCCAGAAUGUCACCUGGGAAGACACAGGAUUCUACACCCUACAAAUUGUGAACAGAUAUUGGAAAAUGGAAUUAGCACACAUUUACCUUCAGGUGGACACCUCCCUUUCCUCGUGCUGUGACGAUUUCAACUCUGUCCAACUGAGGAUCAAUCCAGUGCCACCGCAUGCUGCUGAAGGGGAAAGGGUUCUUCUCCAGGUCCAUAAUCUGCCAGAAGAUGUGCAAACCUUUUUGUGGUACAAAGGCGUCUAUAGCACUCAGAGCUUUAAAAUUACAGAGUAUAGCAUAGUGACAGAGUCUCUCAUCAAUGGCUAUGCACACAGUGGAAGAGAGAUAUUGUUCAUCAAUGGAUCCCUGCUGCUCCAGGAUGUCACUGAGAAAGACUCUGGCUUCUACACACUAGUAACAAUCGACAGCAAUGUGAAAGUUGAAACAGCCCAUGUGCAAGUCAAUGUGAACAAGCUUGUGACACAGCCUGUCAUGAGAGUCACGGACAGCACAGUUCGAAUACAGGGCUCAGUGGUCUUCACUUGCUUCUCAGACAACACUGGGGUCUCCAUCCGUUGGCUCUUCAACAAUCAGAAUCUGCAGCUCACAGAGAGGAUGACCCUGUCCCCAUCAAAGUGCCAACUCAGGAUACAUACUGUGAGGAAGGAGGAUGCUGGAGAGUAUCAAUGUGAGGCCUUCAACCCAGUCAGCUCAAAGACCAGUCUCCCAGUCAGGCUGACUGUGAUGAAUGAGUGACCCCUCCUCUCAUGCUAUAGGAGGGUGGGGCAUUUCUGUAUUGAGAUGCCCACACCUACCCACCUCUGCCAGUACAUAUUUCCAUUCAUUCGCAUGGCCAGUUGGCCAUUUCUCCCAUCCCUCCCCACACCUGAUCCUGAACCCCUCCAUUUUCUCCCACAUCCCCUCUCCUACCCAGUUCCCUCCCUCUAUCUGCUUACUACAACUAUUUCCCCCGCUUUUAUAUGAGAUUAAACAUGCUUCCUUGGCCUCCCAA